AUGAAAACGCCAAAUAGCUUUUGUGAAUUCAUUGCCGGCAAGAUUCAUAACAUCACUAUUGAUUUAACGACUGACGCCAUCUUCUUAGACAUCUUGUCGAUAUUAAAAGACGGGCGUCAUUAUCUGGUGCCUGGCGGAAAUGGACGUAUGUGGGGAUUGCGAUGGUCCGGUUGCGUCAAGGGGAUCAAAGUUGCUGAGAACGAUCGAAUCUAUCUAUCUAUCUAUCUAUCUAUCUAUCUAUCUAUCUAUCUAUCUAUAAAACAAGGGCUAAACAAUUCAAAAAACAGGGAGAAGAAUCAUAGUCGAAUCUAUCUAUCUAUCUAUAUCUAUCUAUCUAUCUAUCUAUCUAUAAAACAAGGGCUAAACAAUCGAAUCUAUCUAUCUAUCUAUCUAUCUAUCUCAUUCUCUAUGUAUCUAUCUAUCUAUCUAUCUAUCUAUCUAUCUAUCUAUCUAUCUCAUUCUCUAUCUAUCUAUCUAUCUAUCUAUCUAUCUAUCUAUCUAUCUAUCUAUCUAUCUCGAAAACACGGGGAGAAGUAUGAACCGGACUAUAAUCGAACCUAUCUAUCUAUCUAUCUAUCUAUCUAUCUAUCUAUCUAUCUAUCUAUCUCAGUCUCUUUAUUAUCUAUCUAUCUAUCUAUCUAUCUAUCUAUCUAUCUAUCUAUCUCACUCUCUAUCUAUCUAUCUAUCUAUCUAGAAAACACAGGCUAA